GAAGUGCACGGUAGGAGAGUAUCAUAGCGCUUGCCAAUCACCCCCUCCCUGUCUCUCGGUCUAGUAUGUAGUAGGUAGUGAAUAUCCUUGCGACCCAUCGGUUUGCUUUUUGUCUUCUAGAAGACCUGCAGGGUCAUGGAUUGGCCGGUCGCACUUACUUCCGCCACUUAGCGUUUACCCCAGGUCAAGGCCGGACUGGAGCGGGCCCCAUAACCAAUUUAACAAUCCAUCUGUCGUCAAUUCGCAGCAAGCGAGAAACAAUCGCAUUUCCAGCCUUGGUUUGCCCACUGUUAAAAAGGCCGAUCUUUCUCCUCCCCCUCUCUCCACCGGCCCUGCUCGAUGGCCCGCGCGUAAUUCCCUCGUUUCUCCCUCAACUGUCUUUUUGUAUCGCAAAUCAAUUUUCUUGCCCAUAAAUUGGCCAACCACGGUGCUCCGUUAAAGGUCAUGACUCGAACCACCGACGAGAUCAAGUAUGAGGUUUCCUCAUGGGAGCAUAAAGGCGUCACUGUCUCCGACGAUGGCCGGCGACUGACGUCCAAUGCCGAUGCUGUCCGUCCCAAAGGACGCAUACGACGGUCGAUGACAGCUUGCCAUACCUGUCGGAAGCUUAAAACCCGAUGCGAUUUGGAUCCGCGUGGCCAUGCAUGUCGGCGCUGCCUAUCAUUAAGGAUCGACUGCAAAUUACCGGAGACAACCGACCGCUUCCAAGAUAAUGCCUCGAUGUGGUCGGAUGCGACGUCCGCGAUCCCUUCUAUCGAGGAGCGUCUGACAUCGCUCGAAAGGAGCAUGAGAGAGAUGACAAGUAUGAUGCGCCAAAUGCUGGACCAAGCCCCAGCGACUCCCACCGCUAUUCCCUCGUAUUGGACCAGAGGUACCAAUGCCGAUGAUGGCACGUCAUCAGAAGGCAGUCCAUCUUCUCCUUUCCUGCCGAAGCCUGUUCGGCUCAUCCAAGACCUACAAUCAGAGUUCUUUGGCGAGGCCGAAAACUCGUCCUACUUGAGAGAGAGCGUUGCAAAGGGCGGCCUAGACUCUAAAUUAUCGCUCAAAUUGCUCCAACUAUUUGUGGACAAUUUUGGCCCUUAUGUCUCCAUAUAUAAUCUUUCCGAUAUACAGGUUGAGGCCAGAAAUCCUGAUUCCUUGCUAUAUAAUACUGCGUGUCUUUUAGCCUCCCGCUAUGUUCCGGGCGUUCCCACAUCUGUGGUUCAUGCAUUAUACCUUCAUGUACGCCAUGCGGUGGUAAAUCUUCUGUGGGAUAAGCCGCCGCUUCGCUACGAGUCGCUCCAAGCACUCGCGCUGCUUUGCCUUUGGCCAGCUACCGUACAGAAGGAGCCUCCGAUGGACAGCUGGCUGUUAAGUGGAGUCUCAAUCAAUCAUGCCAUCAUCGCCUUUGACUGUCUCAGCUACGGGCCCACGGUGACCAUGAUUGAUAACGAAACCGCAACACAGCUGCGCUUAUGGAAUACUUACUGCUUGACGCAGCUUCACUUUGCGGUCGGCAACGCUCGUCCUUUCCACAUUCAGCAACGCUAUCUUGACCAUUGCCCUCGGAUCCUCGAGCACCCGGGCGCAACUUUGGACGACGCAAAGAUGGUGGCGGAGAUACAGCUAUACUUGCUUACGCUACGACUGCAGAGCAAUGGCGCCCGGAUGCGAGUCGCUGAUACUAGAUUUGAGGAACUUGAGCGGUGGAAGGCCGAAUGGGCCCAUCUCUUUGCUGGCGAACAGUCCACCCUCGAGCUAAGCCUCUGGUUUUGUCAAAUUCUUCUUCAACGCACCGCUAUGCGGUUUAACCCGAGCUCAGAUACCCUCGCUUCAGAGGUCUUACAAACAUCCCGCCUCGUCUUGUCCAAAUUCCUUCAGAUCCGAUAUACCUGCGCCCUGAGCCUCGUCGACCAAGUAUACUUCAUGGUCGGCUACGCCGCCCUCAACCUCUGCGACUUCAACCUCAUGGAUCCACUCAUCGAACAGGUGCAGAUGUUCCUGCUACAUCUAUCUCCCAAUGAAGAUCAUAUUGCCUAUCGAUUUUCCUGUAUGAUCGUCGAAUUCAAACGGCGAUGCGCAGAGAGCAGCGAUCCGGCCACCGCGGCGGCGGCGGCCGCCGCCGCAGCGGCCACUGCAGCCAAGGCUUCUUCUCCGGUGUCAUCCUUCGGAGAAACACGAAAAAUGAGCAUGGAACAGACGGCCCCGUUUCUACCCCCAAUGGUAGAUACCAUGAUCGAGGGGUACGGGUUCGAGCAGUUGAUGCCAGAAGUUCUUCCGCAAUCUUUCCCGGGAGAAAGUAUGCUGAAUGAGAUGGCAGUCGCCGGGAUACCAGGGUACAGAUCAGCAACACUUUAGCUGCAGUCGGCCAACUCGUCAACUCGUCCUCAGACGAGUCUAGGGAGGGGAACGGGCUGGACUGGACUUUAGCAAUCGGGCCCCGGAAGCUAAUAAUGAAACUUCUCAUGACGUACAAAUUCAAAAAAGAAAAUGUUAAUACUAAGCCAUCCCCCGACCUGCAUUACUACAUACAUCACAACAAUACUCGG